CCCAGGUUUGGACUUCCUAAAAACUCCUUUCAUGGUGACCAACCCCGCUUGCUAACGUGACGUAACCCAGCUCCUUCCACCCUACCACAGUGACUUUUGCUGGGAGUGGAGUGGUGGGCAUGACAUUCACCAAUGCAGCCCUUGGCAGGAUCCGAGGAGCAGUGGCAGCCAUGCCUCCUCCUGCCCCAGCCGCACCUUCCCGCCCGCACUAACCUGCAUGGUGUGGGUGCCCUUGGAUCCCCAGAGGACUGAUUGUCUGACCUGGCUUCACAUCCCCAAUAACAACGCCCCCAAGAUGUCGCUCGAGUGGCUGGUGGCCUGGAGCUGGUCACUGGAUGGCCUGAGGGACUGCAUCGCCACGGGCAUCCAGUCUGUGCGGGACUGUGACACCACUGCCGUGGUCACCGUGGCCUGCCUGCUGGUCCUGUUUGUGUGGUACUGUUACCACGUGGGCAGGGAGCAGCCCCGGCCCUUUGUCUCUGUUAACUCACUCAUGCAAGGUGCAGAUGCCAGUGGGCUGCAGAACGGGUACGUGUACUGCCAGUCCGCUGAGUGCAUGCGCUGCACCCACAAUGAGGGCCUCAACCAGAAGCUCUACCACAACCUGCAGGAGUACGCCAAGCGGUACUCCUGGUCCGGCAUGGGCCGCAUCCACAAGGGCAUCCGUGAGCAGGGCCGGUACCUCAACAGCCGGCCAUCCAUCCAGAAGCCUGAGGUCUUCUUCCUGCCCGACCUCCCCACCUCGCCCUAUUUCUCCCGGGACGCCCAGAAACAUGACGUGGAACUGCUGGAACGGAACUUCCAGACCAUCCUGUGUGAGUUCGAGACCCUCUACAAAGCUUUCUCAAACUGCAGCCUCCCACAAGGAUGGAAAAUGAACAGCACCCCCAGCGGGGAGUGGUUCACCUUUUACUUGGUCAAUCAGGGGGUUUGUGUUCCCAGGAACUGCAGGAAGUGCCCACGGACGUACCGCUUGCUUGGAAGCCUUCGGACCUGUAUUGGGAACAAUGUUUUUGGGAACGCGUGCAUCUCUGUGCUGAGCCCCGGGACUGUGAUAAUGGAACACUAUGGGCCCACCAACAUCCGCAUCCGAUGCCACUUAGGUCUGAAAACUCCAAGCGGCUGUGAGCUGGUGGUUGGAGGUGAGCCCCAGUGCUGGGCGGAAGGACGCUGCCUCCUCUUCGAUGAUUCUUUCCUGCACACUGCAUUCCAUGAAGGCUCAGCAGAAGAUGGCCCACGGGUGGUUUUCAUGGUGGAUUUGUGGCAUCCAAACGUCGCAGCUGCCGAGCGGCAGGCCCUUGAUUUCAUCUUUGCUCCAGGACGAUGAGGACAUUUCCCAUGCUGGAGUCUGCAGGAGGGGUCAAGACCAGCCCGGGAAAACUGUGGCGCUCUCCAGCCCCCACCGUAUUAUGAUUCCAUGCUAAGAAACCUGCCUCAACAGAAAGCUCUUCUUCGGGAUUUUAUAUCAUGUGGGUCCCUCCUUCCUUUGGUUAUUGUAAAUGGAAAACUUUCGGCUUGUAUUUCCUUAGAUCUUUUUUCCUCCCCAUCAUUUGCUUCUGAGAUUCCUUUCUGGCCUAACAGCGUAUUCCUUUGACUCCGUGACCAGAGACUCCGUGCCCUUGUCAGUUUGUGUUAUGUUGCUAUUUGGUUUUUUCAGUGCUCUGAAACAGAGUAACCAAAUGGUUAUUUGUCUGAAUGUAAUGAUGUAAAACUUCUUGUGGUCAUCUUAAAAGAACAAAACAAACAAAACAAAAAACUGCAAAUCACAGAGGUAGAGAACUUGGCCUCCGUUGCUGGCACACAGGGGACACUGCAGCUGCCCCAGGGCAAGGGAGAGUCUGUAGUCCCCACACCUGACAGGCUUCCUUCGCAGGGUGGAGAAGCUACCAGACACAGUCAGGGGUGGUGCACAGUAUCAGGGCCUGGGGAAACUGUCACCACCACUCACUUCACCCCAAACCCUGACAGGUUCCCUGAUGGCAAAGAGCAUUCAGCUGGUGGGACUGCAGGCUUUUCUUUAAACACGACUUUCCUACAAAGCCGAGGCUGGUGUCCUCAAGAACCAUGAUGGGGCUCCCAUGGACCAGCCACAGAAUGUGUGAUCUGCUUACCUCACUGCCUACAGAAGCCCUACUGCCAAACCGGGCCCGGAAAAUUCCCAGUUUUAGCUGUUUUGAGUCCACUGCAAGGAAUGUUAAGACCACCAGGCUGGCUGAUAGGAGCUGUGGUGGGAUAAGACCUCACGCACCCAGUGACAUUCCAGGAAAGCCUUUCUCUGGCAAAACUGGAAUUAUAGAUCUGACCAGAAUGUCUGUUUUGCUUUGGAGUUCUGUUGCCUAUGAUUUUUCAUUAUUUGUCUGUAUAUAAAUGUUUAAACGCUAGGCUCGGAAAUAGUGGAAGAGUUGGCCCUGUGUCUUUGUCAUUGCACGAGCAUGUGCGCUGAAUGACAGUGACCCAAGCCAAUGUGUAUUUGUGAGGACACAGAGAAGACCUGCAAACUCAAAGGACCCAAGGUCACUGUGCUGGCUUUUUGGUCUCCUGUAAAGAACAUACAGAUCUCUUCCCAAAGGAAGAAGCCAGUUUGAGGCAGUAGGUCUAGAAACAGCCUCCUGUUAGCAAUGUGUGAAAGCAAAGCCUACCAGCCAUACUAGAGAUGCCUUUUUUGAAUAUUAUAUUAUAGGCAGUGUCAGAUUUAUAAAGCCAAGGAGUGGUAUGGGGUAUACAGCUUGUCGCAGGUACAGGUCAGUAUCUGUAUCCAAGUGGGAACCAGCAGCUUCUAUGAGAUACAAUUGUCAGAAGCAAACACGAUCUGAAAUGCACUAGGUGGUCACUAGCAAGUGUGCAAAGAGAACAUGUCUACACUUAAGUAACAUGUUUACACAGAUAUUUUCCAGUGAUUGGAGUGCAGGAAAAAGCAGACAUCUCAAACACACCUGACGUCUUUUACUCAUUAAGUCUCUUGUUAACAACUGAGGUGCAUGAUUUCUACACAUUCUGACUCCUGCUCUACGUUUACAAAACCAACAGCCCAGACAGGUACCUGGCGACCUGUACUCAUGUGACGUGGUUGGGGAACAGAAGAUAAAUAAAGGAUCUUGCUGAAAACCAGA